AUGUUGAACCCACGAAAGUCCAUUCUCGUCGUCACAAUUCUUGGGCUCUUAACUCUCGUCGUCACAAUUCUUGGACUCUUAGGUUAUGACUUGGCAUGUGUUAUGUCUAGCCCACACCGUAUUCUAUUGGACACAGAUGUCGACACAGACGAUUUCAUCGCUCUUCUGUACCUUCUGAAGCAAAACAAAACAGAGUUCGAUCUAGUGGGGAUAACAUUGAGUGCCAAUGCUUGGACAAACGCAGGACAUGGAGUGAAUCACAUAUACGACAUUCUAUACAUGAUGGGUCGUGAUGAUAUCGCGGUUGGUGUUGGAGGUGAAGGUGGUAUUCUCGACGACGGUACUAUUCUUCCUGACGUCGGUGGUUAUCUUCCCAUCAUCGAACAGGGGAUGACAACAACAGGAGGAUGCAGAUACAGACAAUCCAUUCCUAAAGGUCGUAAAGGCCUACUCGACAUUGACUCCAAUUAUGGAUUUCGUAAACAUUUUCUUCCUCAGGGGAGCAGAAGAUACACUCCUGUCUUGCAACCAACGGCACAACAAGUAAUGGUCGAGAAAGUUUCAGAAGGUCCAAUAAGUAUCUUUGUGAUGGGUUCUCACACCAAUCUGGCUCUCUUCCUGAUGUCACAUCCUCACCUCAAACAUAAUAUCCAGAACAUUUACAUUAUGGGUGGUAGUGUACGCUGUCCAAACCCUAGCGGAUUCUGUGGAAACUUGUUCACAGAUUUCACUAGCAAUCCUUACGCUGAGUUCAACAUCUUCGCCGAUCCUUUCGCUGCUUACCAGGUGUUCCGAUUACAAUGGUUCCUCUAG